AUGGACCCAUUUGGAAACGAUUUCGAUGCUUCCAAAUGUCUACAUCAAUAUAAUGUCCCUGAAACAUCAAAAUUGUUCGGAUCUUUCGACGAAUGGGAAGAACACUUUAUCAAGGAGAACAAGGAGUUUGUAAGCCUGCUAUUGGUAAGUUACAUUAUAUUGCUUGUUGUUUUUAGGGUUUCUUUACAAGAAAGGUUACUCCUUUUACAUUUAUAUGUAAACCGUACACAUUUAGGUACUAUAAAAUGAGUUUUGCGUCAUUUGAAUACAGUAUCUUGUUUGUAGGAGUAUGAUAAACAGUUGGAAAAGUCUUUACGACCAAUGGGUAUUGGUGUCAACUCUAGAGUACGAAAGUUGAAAGAUUAUGGGAAACAACUUCUAUUAAAGGAAUGGGAGGACAAGUUAUUGUAAGUUAUUUUGUGUUUAUUCGUAGUUUAGGUAUAAAGGAUGACGCUUCUGUCUAAAAAAAUAAUAAAUAUCUGAGGGAAUAGUGGUUUUUGUUAUCCAAUUUUAAUUAAUUAUAAUGUCAGUCUUGCAGAAAGAAAAACAUUUUUCAUAUACACGGUACCGGGUUUGGUUUGGAUACGACUUCGAUUACACGUUCGCUACUGAAAUGGGCAUCUACACGGACUGUAAUAUCCGUAAAAUUGUCGCCUAGUGGACGGGGUCAAAAGGUCGAUAGGUUGAUCAAGGUAAGUCAUCUCUAGUUUUUCGUAUGGUAAUAUAUAAUACAGCAUGUUAAAAAACUUUAAAGGAUUUUUUACUUUAGCCAAUCAUAUUUAACUUUAAUAUUAACCGCAAGUACCAUUGAACUUUUGUUUUCAGGGUGUCCUAGUCAGCUAUGACAAAAAGUGGAAUCUUUUGCUAAAGAACGUUGACGAGAUAUACCGUUCCAUGAAACGACCUCCUCCAGGACCGCCAGAAUAUGCGUACAAGGAAGUUGCACCAUGCAUUUUCCAUAGGUCUCUAGUGUCUUACCUGGUUAUGGGUAAGAACAUAGUUUGUAUUUACACUUAA